AUGUCGACUCGAGACGUGACAGAAGGGCUGUCCAGCCUGCAAUUGUCCUCAUCAGACUCCGCCGUAGCCUGGCAUCGGUUGGAAACUCAAGUUCAGGACGUAGAGCUCGCAGGCAGACUUAUCAUUGUUGGCGAUGUACACGGGCAUCUUCCCGAGUUGAAGAACCUGUUACAAAAAGUCUCCUACGACAAAAAGAAUGGCGACCAGCUCAUCUUUGUCGGUGAUUUGAUCAACAAAGGCCCCGACAGCCCCGGCGUCGUACAGCUAGCGAUGGAUUAUGACGCCCUCGCAAUACGAGGGAACAAUGAAGACCGUGUGCUUGCUGCCUACGGCGCAAUCAAGCGAGGCCAAGACUCGAAGCUCAUUGGGAAAUGGAAGCAACUGGCUCUAGAGGCUGAAGAGAGCCAGAGAGUUGAAAAGAGUGAUGGUGAUCAACCAGUUGCUACCGCGCCCAAAGACGACCUCAGAUCGGUGUCACGAGAAGACUUGAAGCCUUAUAUGGCUGAAAGUGACUUUGCAACCGCUACCAACCUUUCUGCAAAGCAGAUCACAUGGCUGGCUUCUCGGCCGUUGAUCCUGCGCAUAAAGUUACCAAGGGAAGCUACAGAGUCGCCGUGGAAUGCUGGUACUCUCAUCGUUGCGCACGGCGGCUUGGUCCCUCAAGUCCCUCUCGAAGAACAAGAUCCAUGGGCAGUCAUGAACAUGCGCAGCCUUGUUUACCCUGAUGCCGAAGGCAGUACAUCCGAAGCCGUCAAGGCUGAUAUGAUCAAGGGGGCCAAGAGCCGCGUGCGACGAUUCGCAGCUUUCCAAGAGGCUUCAGACGAAGAGGUUCAGGUCGAGCUGGCCAAGUUCGCUGAUAUCGUCAAGAACGGGAAAGGCUUCAGCGAAGAACAAAAAAACGGCAUAAUCGGGUUUCCUUUAGAAUGUCGCGACGCUGAUUGGUGGAUUGAUGCUUGGAACCGAUGGCAAAAUUCCAUUGAGGAUCAUGAACAGCGGAGUAUUGUUGUAUAUGGACACGAUGCCAGAGUCGGACUACAAGUCGGCGCUGAAGACCCCAAAGCUGCGAGGUAUACCUUUGGUCUCGAUUCUGGCUGUGUAUAUGGAAGGAAUUUGACAGCCAUGGUUGUUGACAAGAGUGCGGAUGGCGGCUUGUCUCAUGAGAUAAUCCAAGUUGAUGCUGUUAAGAAAGCCGAGCACAAGCCAGAAGGGUCAGCUUGA